AGCAACAGUAGCAAAGAUAUAAGAAAGCAACUACCUGGUGAUGGGGAGUCGACUACAGAUUUGAAGGUAAAGAUGGUUGUUGAUCAGCAGGAUGACCUCACUUUGAACACUGUCGUAAGUAGAAGGUGCAGACUGUUAUUCAAGUGUGUUCCAAUACCGUUAUUAUCUUACCUGUUGGCGUUUAUCGAAACCAAUGAAUUUCAGUCAAAGUGUCUGGAGGUUUCUAAGACUAUUUUUAUUAAAUCAGUCGAUUACUACUCGGUCCCUUCUGUCUUUCAUUCGCACAUGGCGGGAUCUACAGAAAAUGGUGUUGAUCCAAAGUCCGCUGGGAAUUGCUCUGUACCGUCCGGUGCGGACGAGACAGAACAUGUGCAAUGCCCGAUAUGCGCGAAGUUUGUGCUUUCUAAAACGGCUUUCAUUCAUCACAUGACCACCGAUCACGGUGAGCAAGUGAUCGCUAUGUGCAAGAUUUGCCAACAAUUCUUUCCAUCCGGUGAAAUUCAGGCGCACGCAAUCCGUUGCAAGGGGUCUCACGUGUGUCCCCAUUGUCGUUCCACUUUUGCUCUACCGUCCUACCUCCAAAGACAUCUACAUAGGCAACAUUCUUCCUAUCCGCGACCGAUAUGUGAUAUUUGUGGUAAAAAAUUCUCCUCUUCAUGUGCACUGUCCAAACAUCAACGACUACAUAGAGGGGAAAUGCCUCAUUCGUGUAAACUUUGUGGCGCCUCGUUCGCCCAAAAAUGGCACUUCCAGAUGCAUUUGGACUCCCAUCAUGCCUAUGUGGAACUGUAUAACGAACCCAAGCCAUAUAACUGCGCAGUUUGUGGACGAGGUUUCUUUUUUGCUAUUAGUCUACAAAACCAUCGAAAUCAGCAUAACAAGACGGUUUCUAAAAGUACGUUUAUUUUCUUUAUGACAUAUGUUUCAGAGUGGUCUUGUGAUAUUUGUGGGAAAGGUUUUGCUUAUCCAAGCGAGUAUAAGCGAAAUUAUCAAUGUUCUUUUUGUCCGCAACGUUUUGGUCGUUCAAGUUUGCUAAAGGCACAUAUUUUGCGGCAUACGAAUCCGGAAUCGUUUACCUGUCGUUACUGUUUACGAACUUAUUCGUCGCGUUCCUAUUUGCAUCAGCAUUUGGAGAAGCACGAGGCAGUAGACGCACAGGCUUCCUCUAUUUCUAGUUUCAGCACUGUCAGUCACCAAUUUAUUUUGCUUUGCCCAUUUUAUCUGCGAAUCAUUCUGACUGCAUUUAUUGAAGUUCGCUUCACUCAAUCAUUAAUUCGCUCACAGGCACAUGUAAGCAAACAUCCAAACCCGACACACCUCGUUCCUGUAUGUGAUACCUCGUCCAUUUCUACUUCCCCGAUCACCGUCACAAAACCCCUAUCCCUACUCCGGUGUUUUCCACUUGCUAUUUUAGUCUGCUUCCUCUAUCACGUCGGAUUUUAUGAAGAUCCAUCAUGUGGAAGAAAACAGACUCAUCGAAUCCCCUAUCCGUAA